AUGGACGACUUGCUUUCUCAGAUAAGAGGUACACAGGUGGAGAGUGCAGACGAAAGUGAUGAUUCGAGCUUGAAUCAUGAAGAAGUAGGAAAUGCCGUUUGCAAUCCAUUCCAAGAGCACGCAAACACGAUUUGCGAAGAAGACUGCGAAUCCAAAGAUAUUCCGUGCCCUAUAGGCAAUGUGCAUACAAGUACAGGCGACGAGCAUGACCUUACCUCUUCACAAACGCAUUCAGCACUGCAAAUCAUCAAACUUGACUUUGAAUUGCUGGAACAGCUGAAAAUCGAACACAACAUAUCCACGGACAUCCGUAGCAUAAAGAAUAGCAAAGCCUACAAGGUUGAGUGCGAGUUUGCAGGCAUUAUCAAGAAACUGGAUAGAUUCGGAAAGGAUGUCGUCUCUAUUGAAAUAACAGAUCAGGAUGGAUCUAUAUCUGGAUCUUGCACGCUUGCAGACUCCAAAGAGUUUGAGCUCAAGGUCGGGAGCAUCCUAGUACUUGAAAAAUGUUCGCUGUGGAAAGUAAAUGGAAAUCACCUGAACAUAACAUCGUUAAACAUAAAAAAAGUCAUUUGA